UAUGCAAACCUCAACAAAUACAUACAUUUUCUCAAAAACAAAUUCGAUGUGCAUGCGGGAUCAAGUGUCAAUACCUAUGUCAAACAAAGACGACAAAAGAAAAAGAAGGUGAACAAGGAAAAACAUGCAGAAGAGUGUGUCGUCAAAAGCCAUGUUACCGGCCAUCAAUACACAAAGUUUACCACUAUAGCCUAGCAGGUGGUCUUUGUAGAAU